CGGAUAAGCUUUGCCUACUAGCGAAUCAUGACCGACACGCUUGUGGGCACUGUUCCUAUUUCGGGUUAGUCAAAUCGGCCAAAUCAUUUUCGCAAGGGAACUUUCAACACCAACAAUGAUCAUCCGACCUAUCCUCAGACAACAAGACUUUACACCAUGAUAAUACGGCAAUUAGGUCUGCGGCAGGGCCGCAAUGUCUCUUUAAUCCGUCAAGGACUCGUCCGAUUCUCGUCUACCGAGACGACAACAACGACUACGACAAUUACAGCAGAACAGACACUCCCAUUGAGUGGAAAUGGCGAGUCGAGCUCUACUAUAGUACAAAGUGUGCAAGCAUCCCGUACUUCAACAUCGGUCUCUCCUGCAUUGAAAUCUCGCAAAGCUUUCUUACAGGCUGCGCGGCAACGCCAAAAACUCAAAAGCAUCGGCACAACAAUCUCCCAAACCUACGAUCCAAACACCCUACUCAAAAACCCCCCCAAACCAGCUGAAGUCACCCUCGAGUUACUCCUAGCCUCCCAAUCCCAUUUGGGCCACACCACCUCACGCUGGAACCCACAAAACUCGCGAUACAUCUUCGGUAUCCGAGAAGGUGUACAUAUCAUCUCCCUGGACGUGACAGCCGCGUACCUCCGCCGAGCCGCAAAGGUAGUCGAAGAAGUCGCUCGACGCGGUGGAUUGAUUCUUUUCGCCGGAACCCGCCCCGGACAAAAAGAAUGUGUCGUUCGCGCUGCUGAAAUGGCCAGGGGAUAUCACGUCUUUGAGCGCUGGAUUCCGGGCAGUUUGACAAACGGACAACAGAUCCUGGGUAAUUGUGAAAUCAAAGUCGUCAAUGCCCUAGAUGAAGAAUUACCAGACUACAAGCAAUACUUGACCGAACGACCAGUCCUCAAACCUGAUCUUGUGAUUUGUCUAAACCCGAUUGAGAAUGAGGUCUUGUUACAUGAGUGUGGGUUGAAUAAUAUUCCUACAAUCGGGAUUAUUGAUACCGAUGCGGAUCCCACGAGGGUUACGUAUCCUAUCCCCGCGAAUGAUGAUAGUUUGAGGUGUGUGCAACUUAUUGCUGGUGCGUUGGGGAGGGCUGGGGAGGAAGGGCAGAGGUUGAGGCUGUUGGAGGCGCAGCAGGGUAGAUUUACUUAUACGCCUGUUGGGGAGAGGGAUGUUAAGCGUUCGUCGGAGGGUCAGGAGUAGUUUUUUUCUGGUUUGCCGUUUGGCUUCGUUGCUUGUAUACAUAAAAUUUCAGAUGUGCCUAGUGCCGCGUGUAUGAAUAUAUUACUUAUUUAGUGUACGUCUUCAAAGGGUUUGGUUCAUGGGUGCUAGAUGAAUUGAUUGCAGUCUAUCUUCA